AUGGAUUCACAACUCCAUGGAGUUCAUUCCUUCACUACCCUCUUACAAGAGGGGGAAGAAAGCUACAAUGACUACCUCCUCACAUCUUUGAAUGACUUAGAAUCUCAAGUUACUCCACCCAACCCAAAACAAGGGAUUGCUAGAAAAACUAAAUCUAGACAAGGAAACUUUAGUCCAAAAGAGGACAACUUACUAGUGUCAGCUUGGCUUAAUACUAGUUUGGACCCAAUCAAUGGGGUUGAUCAAUCUAAACAUUCAUUUUGGGCUAGAGUUCAUGAAUAUUAUGAGAAAAACAAAAAACCCACAUCUUGUGAAGGUAGUUCCAGCCCUCUCACAAAUAGAUGGUCUACCAUCCAACAUGCUACAAAUAAGUUUUGUGGGGCCUUAGCUCAAAUUGAAGGAAGGUCUCCAAGUGGGGUUACUGAGCAAGAUAAGAUUGAGCAAGCAAAGGAGCUCUAUCGAAGUAACCAGUCCGCAACAUUCAACUUCCUUCAUUAUGAAGACACUAUAUCUCCAUCUAUAGAUGUAAAUCUAGAGAGACCCAUUGGAAAGAAGGCUGAAAAGAAGCGAAAGAGGCAAGAUAAUACCUCUUCCAAUCUUGCUGAUUUGGUAACUAAAAUGAGAGAGGAUAAGAAGAGAGCAAAUGCUGAGAAGGGAGAAGAUAGGAAAGAGCUUAUCCGCCUUACAAAAGAGAGGCUUGAUUUGGAUCAACGGAGAGAAGAGAAUGAACUUAUGAGGAUGGACACCUCAAGUUUACCUCCAAUGCAGCAAGAGUAUUUCUGUAGCCUCCAAUUCGAAAUACUUGAGAAGCAAAGGUCUAGAAAGUCAUGA